GUGAAGUUAGUCACCGCACCCAACUAAAAUGACUGUGGAUCUUUUUUGAUUACCGGAAGUAUUUAUAAAAUAGCAAAAAUAUGCCAGGAAUGAAAAAAGCGACCACAAAACACCGAAAUUAUCGAGAAGGAGGAAAGUUCAGGUGUUGUGAUUUUAAUUGUGACGAGUGCAAGGUGUAGAAGAACCUACACAAGGAACAUAGUGAAAAAUAAUGGAUGAGGUUUUGCUGAACGAUUUAUUGGAAUGUUCAGUGUGUUUGGAACGUCUGGACACUUCAAGUAAGGUUUUGCCUUGUCAGCAUACCUUCUGUAAAAAAUGCUUGUUGGAAAUAAUUCACAAACACAAAGAACUAAGAUGUCCAGAAUGCAGGGUUUUGGUCAGCAUAAAAGUGGACGACUUGCCCCCAAAUGUCCUCCUAAUGAGGAUUUUGGAGGGCAUGAGGAAUCACCUACCCAAAAAAACACAAAGAAGCAAUAGAAAUUCUCCAAAUCAUAAUACUCCCAAUGUAUUGCAUUCGGUUGCUGUUAAUCAACAUUUGGGGACCCCGGAGCACAAAAUCAACGUCGGUAAACCAAAUUCGCCACAUUCUGUGCACCAUCAGCCCUAUGCUAAGGCUGUGUACGACUACAAUGCCAAAGAAGCAGGGGAUCUUAGUUUUAAAAGGGGCGACAUAAUAAUCCUACGUAAAAAAAUCGACACAAACUGGUACCAGGGUGAAUGUGGGGGAAAAACAGGGGUAUUUCCUUUGAGCUAUGUCCACAUUAUAACGCCUGUACCCAGCCAUAUACCCCAGUGUAAAGCCCUCUAUGACUUUCGGAUGACAAAUGAUGAGGAAGAAGGUUGUCUUGCUUUUGGUAAAGGUGACAUCAUCAAUGUAAUAAGGAGGGUUGAUGAGAAUUGGGCUGAAGGAAAGCUGAAUGGAAAAAUCGGCAUUUUUCCUUUGGCUUUUGUGGAGUUAAACAGCUUGGCCAGGAGCUUGAUGAAGCUGUCCUCAAACGCUCAACCGGGUCCGUCCCGCCUGGCCCCCCCGACCCCCACCGCCGAAGACAGCACCCCUUUGAUACCUACCGAUCACACGCGCACAGUCGUCUCCCAGCAGCAACAGCAGCAACCCGUCGCGCAGCCCCCUCUACCGGCAGCUGCGCAGUCCGCGGCCGCAGCAGCUGCGCAAACAACGCAUCUGGCCACUUCCGAUUCGAGCUCGACGGUGAGCAGCAGCGGCAGCUCGUCCACGCCGAACAUCUCCAGUAGCAACACGUCGUCCUCGACGUCCAGCACGGCGCCGUCGUCGCCCGCCUCGCCGCCCGCCAGGGGGCAGCAGCUGCCGCCCAAGAACAUCGCACAAAAACCCGACGUUCUGCAAAACUGUUCGAAAUCCGGCGCAGCGCAGCGAUCGCCGAACGUUAGCGGCGCAGUGCACUCCCGAUCCGAAGGUCAUUCUGCGCAUCACCACAACAAAGAGAAACGUCACAGCUUCACGGGGCUGCCGCACGCUCACCACUCGUCCAACAGCCACAGGCACUCGGUCGAACUGCAACCGGCAGAGGGCGCCACCGCCGCCGCCGCACACGCUCAAGGGUGCGAAAGGAGAAGUAGGAAUGGUCAUUCUUCAACCUCAGGGGAUUUGCAAUUACCCAAAGCUUAUAUUGCUUUGUUUCCAUACAAGCCAAACAAAGCAGAUGAGUUGGAAUUAAGAAAAGGUGGAAUUUAUAUGGUGACAGAAAGAUGUCAGGACGGCUGGUUCAAGGGCACCUCGAACCGCACGCAGAAGUGCGGCGUCUUUCCCGGCAACUACGUGACGCCGGCGAGGGGCGGCCCGUGGGACGGCGAAACCGCCUCCGCCGCCUCCGCGAAAUCGAUCGUAAGUUACACGCGCAAAGGCUCGUCGGGCGGCGGCUCGCCGCGCUCCUCGCACAACGGGAGCGGCAACCCGCCGGAGCUGCCGCCCAGGGCGCAGAGCCCCUCCUCCGCCGCCGCCGCCGCCACGACGGCGAUCUCCUCGUCGUGGCACGGGCAGCAGGAGGGGGCGGCUGGGGCGCCCUUGGGCAGGAGCAGCAGCGCCGUCAUGUCCACGUCCGCUAACAGCCACCACCUAACCCCAGCUAAGAGUGCCGAUAAGUCGAAAGAUCGCAAAGACAAGGGCGGUCUGAUGCGACGUCUGGCCAGCAUGAAGCGCUCGAAAUCGCCGCCUGCCUCCACCUAUUCCAUGGACAACCCUGUGUUCGAGGACAUAACAGUACAGACCGCUUCGCCAUCUCACCCUGUACACGUUAGGUCCGGGUCCUGUCCGAGUCAGCUCCUGCAAAUACAGCCACCGCAAGACCAACAGCACCAUCGUUUGUUCGGUUCCAGCUCGCAAAGACACAAGCACAAAGAAAGGCCUAGCUUGUUAACGCACAGAUCGGAAAACCCAGCUGGGAGUUCCAGCUCCAGCCCUGACGUGCACAGGCACAGAAAAUCGAACUCGCUGGAUGCAGGAAAUAAGACCAAAACAGCAACGCAAACGGUUAGAGAGCGCUUCCGGUGCAUAGCUCCCUAUCCGCCGAACAGCGAAUACGAGCUGGAAUUGCAGGUCAACGAUAUUAUCUACGUACACAAAAAACGCGAGGACGGCUGGUACAAAGGCACCCAACAGCGUACAGGGAGAACUGGACUUUUUCCUGCAAGUUUUGUCGAAAGUUUUUAGAUAAAUACUAAUAACCCACAAUCCACCCAACAAGGUCUGUUCUAUCUCGUUUCGCGCAUACUAACGGCGGCCAUUUUAGUUUACAAUUAUUCUGAUUUGGGUUUGUGCUGUUUAAUACUCGUUUUAAACGUUUUGUUUUUUCCAAAGGCACUUGAAAGCCUCAAGUGAGGCCUUAAAGUGCUAAGGACAACCAUUUUACUGUGAUGUCAAUCUUCUUCUUCUUUUUCUUUAUUGGCCUUGGUCUGUGUAAACCAUAUCAGCCAGAGGUCUGGAUUCUUAGCCGUUAUCCGGGGUAGUAUGUUGGCUGUUAACUUGCUGGUAAAAAGGAAACAUAUGUCUUCUUCUUCUUCUUCAACUUGGGCGGACUUACGGCUCAACCACCGCCCUUAUGGUCCUUGACAAAAGUCCUUAUUAACCAGGUACAAGUUUUAACGUCCAAUGAUUACAGAAGAACCAAAAACCAUUGGACAACGGUUGUCUAACAAACACGUGGACACAAAUAGGUUAUGUAACCUUACAAAUUUUAGCUUUAUAUAAAUUCCUCUUAUCCUUUGUAAAAGUACCAAUCGAGGAAUAUUAUCGUGCAACAGGAAUAUUUCUAUUCCGGGAAUCCAAUUUUGUCCCUCCUAGGUGACUCUUCACCUAUAUUUUCAUUGAGCGGUCCGUACCUAGCACCAACAAAAUCGAACUCCGAAACAGAUGUCAAUUUGAAGGUUAAUUUGUGGGUUAUAAAUUAACCUUAAAAUUGACAUUUGGCAGUUUUAUAAAUAAGGUUUAUUUUUUUUACAAGAGGAGUAAAAUAGUUGUCCUAAGCAGUUUAAGGCCUUUAAAGCCUAGAAGUGUCUCUGUAUAAACAGCACAAACCCAAAGCACAAGAAUUGUAAACAACAAAAAUGGCCGCCGUUAAACUUGUUGUGUGGAUUGUGGUCUAACCUAUUUUUGACAGUUGAGGAGCUAUCAGACAAAACGAGACAAAUCCAUUUUAGUGAUUUGCAGUAACAAGUCAAAAAUAAAAGAAUUCUUUUGCUUUUGACUUAUUUCUGAAAAUCACUAAAAUGGAUUUGUCUCGUUUUGUCUGAUCGCUCCUCAGUUGUCAAAAAAAAUUGUUUUAUAAUCAUGGUAACUUGAUUCAGCCUCAAAAACAUCACUUUAUUAGCUAUGCUGAUCCACACAACUAAAACCUUUUUAUGCGGAUCAGUCAUAUUUAUUUCUCCUUAAAUAAUGUAGCCAUAUUAGUUUUAAUAUUUUAACCUCCAAAUAUUUAAGAGUUUUACGUGAUUCGACUUGCUUGUUUAAUCAACUUUAAUAUAAUAAACAAUUUUGUAUAUAUUGUGUAUAAUUGGUGUUAACUAGCGAAAAUUUUGUAUAGCGUUUAAUUCAUAGGAAACAAUGUGUUCAGUGUGUAAUUAACAAAAUACAGGAUGGGUUAAAAUAAUCACGAACGCAAAAACUGCAUUUAAAUGUAUUUUUUACUUUGAGCCCACCCUGUGUACGCGCGUAUAAGGCUUAAAUAAUUUUUAACGUAUUAGAAUAACCUUUAUUUAUUUAUUUGACACCCCGUAUUUAUUUUUGGUGGAGGACCAUUUUUAUUGAAAAACAUAUCAUUUUGUAUUUAAUUUAUAUUACUUUUUCGGUUUUGAUUAUGUUUAUGAUUAUUAAUUAAUGAAAGCCAUUUUUUAAGACGACUGAAACAACAAAUUAUUG